AUGCCCUUUUUAUUUUUAAAGUAAGCCCUGUGUGUCCAGGCACCUUGAGCCAUUCCCUGCGGAAAAAUGGGGAAGUGGAGCAGGGCUGAAGGGCGGUGAUUGAGCUCUGGGCAGCCGGAAGCGUCUGCAGAGGGAGAAGAUGGGGGAUAGAAAUUCUUGAAAUGCUCAAAAUGCUCCUGUUUCCAGCUGUGUUCACCAUGGGGCGGGAAUGGCCGCCCUGGAGGGAGAAGGAGAACCCUGAGGGGGAAAUGGCGGCUCUGGGGGAGAAGGUCCUGCUAUGAGGGGGAAGUGGAGCCACUGAGGGAGAAAUGAUGACCCUCGGGGAAAUGGUGGCCUUGAGGGAGGAAGGACAACCCAGAGGGGGAAAUGGCGGCUCUGAGGGAGGAAUGAGAGUCCUGAAAGGCAGCCCUGAGAGAGGAUGACCCUGAGCGGAAAAUGGCGUCUGUGACGGACGGGGUGUUGCAGUGAGGCAGAAAUGGCGGCCCCGCCGAGGUGCGCGCAGCCCGCUAGGGCACAGCAACAACAACAACAACAACCGUGAGGGCAAAAUGUCGGAGCCCCUCGGCGGCUCCGUGAGCGGCUCACGGCCGGCCCGGAACGGCGCAGCCCCGGAACCCGCGAGCGGAUCCGCGGCGCCCGGGCGGGGCCUGCGCCGAGCGCACCGUCCCGGCGCCUUCCUGCGGCCGCCGCUCCCGCUCCGCCGCCCCGGCCCGGCCAUGCCGCGCCUCCUCUUCCUCCUCCUCCUCCUCGUCCCGCACCUCGGCCGCGCCGCCGCCCCCAGCCCGGGGAACAGCACGGAGCCGCCGCGGGCGACCACAGGGAACGACACGCACACGGAGUCGGAGCACGAGUCCGGGCCGAGGCUGUCGGUGGGGUCGGGGCUGCCGGUGCUGAGGCGCGCGGUUUAUGUGCUGAGCGCUCUGUCGGCGCUGGCCGCGUUCUACUUCAUGCUGAGGGCGUUCCGCCCCAGGUCCGAGGGCCCCAGAAACGAGCCCAAAACUCAUUUCAGGUUGAAGAAGCCCCAGAGGAAGAAGUACGGGCUGCUGUCGAGCCAGGACGAGAACAUCGAGCUGGGUUCCCUCGACAGUGACGAGGACACCGUGUUUGAGAAUCGCAACCUGAGGCGAUGACUCGGGACCAGCGGCACUGGCUGCCUGGAAUGAUGGAGGGUCCAAUCCCAGUGGAAUCUCUAGUACUCAAGUUUUAGAUCUGCUUACAGUGACUUAACUGACAGUUUGAGCCCUUCCAUAGCUGGUGCAGGGGAGAGGGGACCAAACCUGUUUUCUUCACGUGCAUUCUUGGGGACAUUUCUGGGGAAGGAUGGGAGCUGUUCACUGCAUGGGGAAAGGCUGAGGUAAAGGAAAUGCUCUUGGAUGAUUUUCAGCACCUGAAAUCGGAGCUCGAGAGCUGCCCCUGUGCCUCAUAUCCCUCUCUCCUUGCCCUGGAAGCAUCAGAUUGCUUCUCCAGACUGAUCCUCUUUCCUUCAUGCAAUAUCAGGUUACUUCUUUGGGAAGUGUCUCUGUAAUCAGCUUCUGGGAGGAGCUGCGGGAGCUGUGGCUCUGUUACACAAACGGGGGUGGGAGGGUGAUAGUUCAGACACAGCAGCUUUGGGAAGGAGUUAAACGAGUUAUAUUUUGCAGGAUUGGCAAUUACUGGGAUAAUCCAGGUCAUUCACGGGUUUACAGACGUGUUAACGAAUGAAAGGGGCCACAAUCCAAAGGAAUCUUUCUCCAAAAGAGCUACAAAAGGUCUGGGAAUGCCUGGACUCUGCCCAGCCCCAGCUGUGACUUCACGAGGGACACGUGUGACAUCUGCCAAGUUCCGGAUUUUGUGAUACCUGAGGAAGAGCCAGAUGUGAGCCGGGGAGUGUCUUGGAGCAGCUGAUGACUGGAAAAGGGGGACCCCAACCUCUCUUGACUGAUUCAGGGCAGCCCUGGAUGAGUUCUCUCAAGGACCCUGGAGUUUCAUUCCCUUGGCUGGUACUCAGCCGGCAUCUUUCCUGCAGCCCAUUGUUAAGUGGAUUUUUGGGAUCUGAUUGUGUAGGACCAAAGGUGAAUGUGUCAGGCGGUGGUUGUUGGGUGGAUCUGCUGCUAAAUCGGUGAAAACUGCUCGCCAAGUGCUUGUGUCUGUGGCCUCUCCUUGGAAACUGGCAGCACAUCCUUAAAUCCCACUUACCCCCAAAGCUGGUAGUGCCUUUGUUUGGAGAACCCGAGGGAUUUGCCCUGCGGGCAGGGAGGGUCCCCGUGGCACCUUUAGGGUGAAGGUUUGGAAUGUCUUUGGCUCCUUCCCUUUGGCUUGCAAAUCCCCUGUGGAUCAGGGGCACCGAUGCCUCUCGGAGAGGGGACAGGGAUGUGCUGAGCAGGGGGAGAUGCUGCAGGAUCUCCCGAGGCAGCCGAGGGAGCGCCGCGAUCCUGUGCAAGCAGCCACCUUUGUCUGUUCAGGACAGGUGAGGUUUCCUGGAGAAAUCCCACCCCCGUGGCAGCUCUGUCUCGCAUGUGCACAAAGGAUUUUAAAAUUCAUACAUAUAUAUUUUUUUAAUGGCAUUGCCGUGUGCACACAGUGCUUGCGUGUGCCCUGUUUUCCUGUCGUUUGGAUCCUUCCACGCCUGUUUUGGGUGUUCCCUGUUUGUGGCUGCUGCAGAUGGGAGCGGGCAGAGGUUCCAUGUGGGAAUUGCUGGGAAGGCUCCACCCGGCUGCAUCUUCCCUGGGGAUGAUCAGAGCUCUGUGAUCCAUGGUCAGGGAUCUUUCUUGAUCCUGCAGGGCUGCAUGUGCAGGUAAUUCCCUGGUUCUUUUAUUCCCUCUGGAAAGUUGUUCCUUGUGCUGUUGAAGCUGUUUGAGCCUGACUGUCCCAAUCCACUGCCAUGUUCAGUGUUUGACCAGCACAUUCCUCAUCCUUCCUUGACCUGGAGUGAUGACCCUGAGCAUUCCUUAGGCUCCCCUUUUGUUGGUCAGGUGGGGUUUGCAAUUCUCAAGUUUCCUCACCUCACAGGAGUGGAGCAUUUGUUUAAUGUUGAAUUAUUCAGAUCAGAGAGAACCUCAAGCAGCAGGUCUUGCCUUGAAAAUAAUUCUUCUGGAAUUGAUUUUGGCUGGAACAGAUGUUUGUGUUUGAGCAGGGAAAGGUGUGGAGCAGGUGAUGUGGUGCCUGGGCUGUGCUGUGUAGGUACCAGGGAAGAAAGUUGAGGUGCCAACCUGCAAUUUCUACACCCCUUCCAUGUUUUCAGAAUCUUGCUGGCCACCUUGAAGGGGUGCAGGGUACAAAGGUACCUGUGGGGCUGUCACUUGUCCUGGUCUUGGGCUGAAGACAGGUUGGAGCUGUAACCAGGGACCCUGUGAAGCUGAUUCCAUCCUGCCCCUCAACAGCACCUGGCAUCUGGAUUUUCCCUUUGCAGGCUGUGACAUUCCAUCCCUGCUCUGCUCUGAGUCCUUUUCUAAGAGGAGAAAGCCCAAGUGACAGAUCUGAGACUCCUUGGGGUGCUCAGCAUGAUUCCAUUUCUCUGGGAAGAAUCAGCUGGAUCUGGCACUCCCUGCAGUGUGGGCAGUGCCAGGCCAGGGGGUUUUGGGGUGGAUCCUGCAAAUAACAGCAGCUUUGAACACCUCACAUGACAUUCCACAGAGGAGCAGUUCAGCUGUUCCUUCCAUUACUUUUUCAGUUCCUCCACGUGUAUUUGAUACCCUUGUGUCAGGUCUCUUUGCCCCAGCUGGAUCUUCAGUAGCUUUCCAGUUGUCGUUUUUCAGGCUAAGCACAGGAAUGCAAACAGACCCACCCAUGCCUGGUCCUGGGCAGGCUGAGGCCUCACCUGCCACUGCUGCACUUUUCUUUCUCCUGGAUGAAUCAGGGUGUUGGUGGAGGUUCCAUGUGCCUGUUGGUCUGCAGAAUUCCUGCUCAUCCCACCAAAAGGAGCCAAUGGACCACGAGUUGUAACAGUCAUCACCUGUGUGCAUGACUGACUACAACAGUCUGCUCUGAAUUAAGCCAAAGCAAAUUUUCCAAAGUUUACAUGAUCCCUCUGCUGUCUUGGAACCUUUCUGGGAUGCUCUGCUGCUGAUACCAGCCUGCCCAAACCGACUGGGUCAUCUGCAGGGUUAAUGGGAUCUGUGGGAGCGGGGUGAGAUCAGCUCUGGUGGUUUUGUUCUGUGCCUGGGAGAUGGGACCUGCAGCCCUGUGAGGUUCUGUGCCUGUGGUGGGAGUCAAUAAACAGCACUUGAGCACG